GAGACACAAGAGGAGGAAGAAGAGGUCACUCAGGUCACAGCUGGCGGGUUGUACAGACACUCGCAUACUCAUUCACUCACUCCCCUCUCCUAUCCCUGAAGUCAUGACAGAAGAACAGAGUCUCUUCCAGAGGAUGAAGUUCCUCAUAUAUGCAGGCGGCAUCUUCUUCCUCUACUUCUACUACGGUGUUCUGCAGGAAUCCAUAACUCGCACACGAUAUGGAGAAGAGAAAGAGAAAUUCACGUAUUCACUAGCGCUUGUGUUCUUCCAGUGUAUAGUUAAUGCGAUCUAUGCCAAAUUAAUGGGGAUGUUUGUACUGAAGCAGGGUGAGGACACAACCCGGCCACUGUACUAUGCCUCCUGCUCCCUCACCUACCUGCUAGCCAUGGUGUCAUCCAACAUGGCCCUGCAGUGGGUCAACUACCCCACACAGGUGGUGGGCAAGUCGUGCAAGCCAAUCCCUGUGAUGGUGUUGGGUGUUGUUCUCGGUCGGAAAUCCUAUGCCUGGAAGAAGUAUGUCUUUGUACUGAUGAUUGUUAUAGGCGUGGCACUGUUCAUCUACAAGGACUCAAAGGCUCAGAGUGCGUCAUCAGGGGAGGGCCUGGGGCUUGGUGAAGUGCUUCUGAUGCUCUCCCUCACCAUGGACGGCCUGACAGGGGCGGUGCAGGAGCGGAUGAUUGCUGAGUCUAAGACCAAGUCGGGCCACAUGAUGCUCAACAUGAAUCUCUUUUCCAUCGGCUACCUUUCCAUUGCGCUCCUGGUCACUGGGGAAAUAUUCUCCUUCAUUGGAUUUGUUCAGCGAUUCCCUGAAGUGAUCAGCAAGAUGAUUACAUUCAGCAUCUGCAGUGCACUGGGCCAGUUCUUCAUCUUCCUGAUGGUGAGUGACUUUGGGCCAUUGCCGUGCUCUGUUGUCACCACCACACGCAAGUUCUUCACCGUCCUGGGCUCAGUCAUUCUCUUUGGCAACAAGCUCUCGCCCCGGCAGUGGAGUGGCACCUUCCUAGUGUUCUCAGGCCUCACUUUGGAUGCAGUGUUUGGCAAAUCUCCCAAGAAGGCAGUGGAGGAGGACAAGGAGAGUAAAGAAUGAAGAAACAACAGUGUCAAGAUUUGCUAAGAUGUGCGAGGAGAAGGCAGAGAUGAAGGUAAUAGCUUAAGAAACAGUUGAAGUGUAUGGGUGAGUGCAUAGAUACAGAGAAGUGAUGGUGUUUGCAUGUGCAUAUAAAAAGAUGAUUUGUAAUGUUUGAAGAAGUAUGUAAUCGUGACUUCAUCUGGCAGUCAGGAAAGCUUAAUUAAUUCAUGAGUUAGCAAGUAGUUUUGUGUCAAAUUGUGAGAUAUGUGAUUUAUAUCCUGUGCAUGUUAUGAUUUUGUAGAGAUGAACAGUGAUUAGGGUGAAUUCAAGGUGGUGCCUGGAAUUUAGAGAGUGAAAGUUUUGUAAUCUUAUCUGCUUUGACAUCUGUUCUCAUGGCUCCUUCAAGGACAUGGCCAUGAUAGGUGUCUGAGUAGAUUAGAUUAGAUUACUGCUUUUUUAUUGAUAUAGGUACUCUGACUGAUGUAAACUGUGAGACUUAACUUAGAUGACUUGCUGGUAACUCGUCAGUUGCUUUCCAGAAACUAAAUUGGUGCUGAAGAUGGAAAAUUUUUGACAUUUUUUUUUUUAUGUACAGGUGAAGUGCAACUCGUAAUGUAGUGCAUGUACUAAUAUUUUCAAAGUGCUUUUUUUUUUGGUAGACAUUUAUUCCUAGCCAUUAAUGCUUUUGUAAAUCGGACUUGUUUUAUCCGUAACUUUGUACUUUUGUAAAUCGAGUGUUUUGAGAAUCUUGGCUCACCUGUACUGUGUCCCAAGCACCAAUAGACUCACUGCUGUGCUAAAGAUCCGUCCCUUGGUGGCUCAGGAGGCAGCUGGAUCUGUUGUUGUUGAUGUUCAGUUGCUGCUCCUCAGUUAUCUUGAUGUUUAUAGGUUCAGUGUGGUCAGGUCUGCAGUUCAUAAAGCUGCUUGUGUAGGCUUUGGGAUGUUGAAAUUCUUACAGAACAUUAAUGAAUUCACUAUUGUCAGGAUUGUGGUUGGUCAAACUGCUUGUAUAGGAUAUGGGAGGUUUAGAUUCUUGCUUCCAGUUCAGUACCUUACCAAAGUCUAUUUAUUUUGUGUGGCUGGAUUGGAGGUUGACGGAACUGCUUGUAGGUUGGAAAAGUUUAAGAUUUCUGGCAUACAUUCUUGAGAGCUUAGCCAAGUUCAGUUUGUUGCACUUACUCACUUAUUAAAAUCAUUCCAUUGGUUUUGUAGGAUUUUGAGUUUUAAUUUAGUAUUGAGCAAUUUAUUUUUUCUUAUUUAAUAGUCUGAGUUAUGAGUAGAUUGAUGGUAAAGGCAGUGGAAAUGGAUAAGAAGGAUUUGGUAUUGAGAUUUGAAGUAUUGCAUUAUAGAGUGGUGGAUGUGAAGAGAUCACUUGGUUGUGGAGGGAAUGGAAGUGAGAUGACAUGGAUGAACAAAGGUGGAUGUUGUGUAUGUGAGAGGAGGACAGGAGGACACUGUGUUGGAAUGUUUGAGAGAGAAGAAUGGCAAGUGAGUGAAUGGAGUGUGCAGACAGCAAGUGUAGCACAGGAACAAGUGGAAACAUGACUUGUUCUGAGGGAGGUAAGAGGAGCUGGUGUCAUAGCAAAUUAGAUUAAAUGUUUGUGUUUUCUUCUGACAAAGAUUGAAAUGAGAUAAGAUUGGAGUGGAAGUAACAGAAACAAGUGGAGGGGUGACUGUUGUUUCGAGGAAGGUGAGAAGCAAAUUAGGUUAGACUUCUGUGUUUCUGUUUGGCAAAGAUUGAACUAAGGUGAGAUAGAAAUGAAAGCCAGUGAAGCAAGUCAGUGAAUCAAUAUAAAGGAAGUUUUGCCUGUAGUUUAACGUCUAACAAAUGUAUGAUGCACAUUUCAUUUCACGAGUGUCGCUUUGGUGUGUUUCCCUGCGUCUUGCAAUCUAUCCCUGGUUGUUUGGGAAUGAGUGGUGUGCUGGAGGCAAUGAAGUGACAGGGACAAACUGGGCAGCCCCCGAGGCCCUGCUGUGGAUGUGAACCUCUUGCCAUCACUCAUGCUGGUGUUACUGGUGGUGGGGUGUGGGUGGCUGUUAAGAGAUGUUAUUUAUAUUUAUCAUUAUCACUUAUUUUGUUUCUCAUGAUGGACAGCUUUCAUAAUUCUUAUCAUUCACCAUAGUAUCACCUGCAAAGUUAUAUAUUCUCUUAAUACCAUGCUUGUUUUUGUCAUUUUGUGCUGUUAUUUAUUCAGUGAGUUAUUUUAUAUGUUAUUGAGGUACAGUUCAUUCCUAGUUAGGUACACACGCGCACAUAAACACACAACAACUCUGACUAAAUUUUGAUACUCAUAACAGCUACACUUUAGAAGUCUUGUUUUUGAGUACAGAAUGUCAGGUUUAGAUUCUUUAAGUUUAGUAUUCAUUAUUUAUUAUUGCUGUCUUUCCUUCAGGUGAGCAAAUGAUCUGGUGCAGUGUUAGUGCCUGUGAGGUAGUUGUGUUUCCCAGAAGUUAGAGAAAAUUUGAACUUACUUAGAAGAAUAGUGUAUGAUGUUGAGUAUCUGAUAAGUAAAGCUGCUGUACUUGAGUCUGACAUGUACAGUUAAUUAAUCACUCACUUUGUGCUGUACCUUUUCCUCAAUCUUAUGUUGUGUGACUUAAGGCUCUAUCAAGUAUUUUGUUAGACUUGACAGAUCAAAUGGGAAACUGAUAAGGUAAUUUGAUGUGUAACAUAUCACUGUCACAUUGUAUUUUGGCCUCAGUUAUAUGUGCUCUGAUCUAAGAAGCUAUCAAGUGUUUUAUGAGGAGACUCAGCAGAUCAGGUGUGCUUAAGAUCAGGGGAAAAUUAGCAUAGUGAGGAAGUGAAAAUUAUUUAUUGUGUUUUGCCCUUUCCUCUCCCCUAAGUCAUGUCAUCUAUGAAUCCAUCAAGAGUCGUUUUGUGUGAGAAAACUCGACAGAUCAAUGGAAAAAUUUUGUCCUGUGAGGGAGUGAAGGUUACUUGACUUUUAAUAAAUCACUCCUACUGUGUUUUGUGUCUUCAAUCUUAUGUGGUGUGACAAGAACCCAUCAAGACUUGAAAGAAGAUUUGGGAGAUUAGAAAUAUUUAAGGCUAAUGGACAGUGAGACAGUGAUGAUUUCUUAACUUCCAAUAUAUCACUCCUAUUGUGUUUUGCCUUCAAUCUUAUGUGGUGUGAUGUAAGAACCCAUCAAGAGUCAUGAUUUGUUGGAACAUAAGAUUACUGGAAGACUUCAGCACAGUGAGUGAAGGUUACUUGGUCAUGACUUGAGUGAAAACAGUAGGGUGGUGUAGGAGGUAGUGUCCUGUGGCGUAGUUCAGCUCAGUGCAGCCAUGUGGUGUUUGAAAGACUUGGCUUAAAUGAGAAAGACAAAGAGUUUAUAUUUUUAUGUCAAAGAUGAAGUAAAUAUUCCUGAAUUAU